UUUCAGAAAUGGUUCGCUUACUUCACAGAAUCCGAGCGUUUCUUCGUAGAUGCAUUGGCAGCAACGAAUCAGAGGGCUCAACAUUCAACUAUCCCAGCGUUCGUCAAAAUCGUGCCGAAGCUACCUACUACGUCCAAACGCCAACAGUCAGUCGCUCUUCAUCCCCAGACUCCACAGCUUCCAGGUCAAUUUCCAUCUCUAUCAGAAGCUCAGUUUCCAUGACCCCGUCACAAGAGGAGCUGGAGAAGAUGCGCAAGGAAUGGGGACCACCUCGUGUUCGUGGAGUUUCGGUGGACCAGUGGUCAUUGUCAAGCGGGGAUUCUGGAUACGACUCUUCAAUCAACUAAUUGCUCAUCACACAUUUGCACAAUAUCUACCAAACCAUGUAUAAUCAAUUACGCCAAAUCUCGUGCUAAUAUAUAGUUUUUUAUUAUUUCUUUUUUGAAAUUAGCUCACCUCGGAUACCGGUGAAUAUAUGUUGUGUUUUUUUCGAAAUACGGAUAUCUAUGAAAUGAAAUUUAUUUGCUUCA